AUGGAGUCCCUUGACGAUGCCGUCGACCACACUGUGGACGGCGAACAUUCUUUCAUCGACACGCGAAACCCUCAGACACCCAAGCCCGACCAGAUCCGGAAGCCGUCCAUGCCGCCAACCAGCGAGGCCGAUACCUAUCCUGCUCCCCCACCAAAUUCGCCUAUCGCCUUCGGUGUCGAGGUGGCCGGUGUGAGCCAGAAACGUCCUCGAUCCCCCAACAGCCAGAAGGAGGCGGACAACCCAAAGAAGGCAAAGUGCGACGAGGGGCCUGUUGACGCCGUGGAAGUUGUGAUGCAUAGUCUGUCGCAGUGGAGCAUCGAACAAUCUUCAACCUUCGUCCAUUGCGACCUGCCUAUCCCCAGGGGUAGCACCCAAAAAAAAUCGUCAACAUGA